AUGGCACUUGGUAGUGAAUUAGCUGCAUUUACAGUGACAUUACCUUCAGGAACCCAAACAAGGUCGGCAGAUAGUAAAGUCAGAUACGACCAGAUCAUUUAUAAUCCACAAAAUGAGUACAGUCCCACCACGGGUAUUUUUACUGUUGGAAAUGGAUUGGCUGGUGUUUACUGGAUGUCUGUUUCCAUGAUGUCAGGCCUUGUACCUGCUCACACUACUAUAAUGAAGAAUGGAGAGAUUUUGGUUUGGUUAUUCACUAAUAAUUCUUAUGAUAUGGCAACCCAAAGUAUCACCGUUGAGCUGUCAGCUGGAGACAAGAUCUGGGUACAAAUAGCAAACAGUGGAUCAAGUCUGUUCAGUGUUUAUAACACCUUCAGCGCAUUUAAAAUUAUGUCGACAGAAGGUUUUAGUCCUUAG